CACCCGAUUGUAGUAUCAUGCGAUUGUAGAACAGCCAACACCAUUCAGUUUCAGUAUCAAGGAGACGCGUAUGAAGUUAAGUCGUCUUGUGCCUUUGAAAGUGAAUAUAAAUAUUGUUUCGAAAAAAAUUGAUCUGUUCUUUCAAUUGUGAUUAAGAGAUAUUUAUAUUCGUAGUAAAGAAAUUAGGACAAAUCAAGUUUAUAUAUUGUGAAUUUUUUAAGCUUGCCUUUAGCGAAAAUACGGAUUUAUAUAGUAUUUGUAUAAAUUAUAAUUUUAGUUUGAAGAGUGCUUUUUAUUUCGAAAAAAAAUAAUAUGGCUUGUGUUAUGAACAACGUUAAGAUGUGUGGGGACACAACAGAGAUGAGGGAGCUUGCCACCAGGAUCUGCAAGGACUAUUUGAAUGGUGCUUGGAAGGCAGUCAACGCCGAUAAUAUUGGAUUCAAACACAUAAGCGGUGGCCUAUCCAACCUUCUCUACCACAUCUCGUUGCCGGAUACUCUUCAAGAUAAGAUCCAGGAUGAGCCCAAGGAUGUUUUACUGCGUGUCUAUGGUCAGACCCACGGCCAGGGAGCUCUGGAAGCCAUAAUCACCGAGUCGGUGAUCUUCACGCUGCUAUCGGAGAGAGGCCUAGGGCCCAAAUUGCACGGCAUCUUUCCCGGUGGUCGCAUCGAGCAAUAUAUUAACGCCAGGCCUCUCAAAAACAAGGAGCUGGCUAUCGAAAAGCUGUCCAACAUGAUAGCGCAGAAGAUGGGCAAGAUACACUCGAUGGAGGUGCCCCUAGACAAAGAACCCAGUUGGCUGUGGAACACGAUGGAGAGGUGGUUGUCCACCUGCACGGCGCCGGCGAAGGCGCAAAAGUUCGCCACCAAACUACCCAACGUCGACCUGAGGGCAGAACUGGACUGGUUGAGGGCCAGAAUCGAAAGGGAAGGCACCGAAGUUGUCUUCUGUCAUAAUGACAUGCAAGAAGGGAACAUAUUGAUGCAUCAGGGAGAAGGUUCCGAUCCGGAGGACCCCCGACUCGUACUUAUAGACUUCGAAUAUUGCUCGUAUAAUUAUCGAGCGUUUGACAUCGCCAAUCACUUCGUGGAGUGGGUUUACGAUUACACACACAAAGAAUACCCGUUCUUUACAAUAAAUGAAGAAAACUAUCCAAAUGAAAGUCAAAGGCUGAGAUUCAUCAUGGAGUAUCUAGCUGAAAGAAAUUUGGAAGAGGACCCAAAAAAACUGCUCCGGGAAGUGGAGCUGUUCACUUUAGUUUCCCAUUUGUUGUGGACCCUUUGGAGCUUCGUUAAUGACGAAACAUCGCAAAUACCUUUUGGAUACUGGGAUUACGGUACAGCGCGUCUGAGCUCAUACAUGAAACUGAAAAAUCAGCUCAAUACAAGAUCUGCUACAAAGAGGAAACUCAUUGACUUAGAAAAAGCUCUCCUGCCAAAACUCCACGUCACAAAAGGCCCAUAGAAAUUAUCUCGGUAGAGUUAAGAAACAAUUGUUUCUCGACAAACAUUUUUAAAAUUCUGACUGAUCUGUUAAUGAAAAAAAUGCCUGUGAUACUGAAAUUCACAGCGAAUGCAGCAUCUUUCAAUAGGAAAUGCGUCUCGGCUGAUACAAAGUUAAUGAAAGUAUUAUUUUUUUCCCAUAGGAAAUUUCAUUUAUGGCAUAUAAUACAACACCGAGUAUUUAAGGAGAAGACUGAGAUAGAAAAGAAUUUCUUAUCGUCUGACGGCGCAUCGUAUAUUUUUAAACCUAGUAGAUUGUUUAGUUUGUAUAGAUAUUUAGCGAAUGUUUUUUUAUGAGAUUGUUUUAAUAUAUCUUUUGGAAAAUCCUA